CAGCCGUCGCGGGCCUCCUCACUUCUUCCUUCAGCCCUCAGCCGGCGAUUGUCUCUAGCCGCCUUAGCCACCUUUAGUCUUUAAUGCCGUUGAAGUGGCUGUUGCCCACCCUCGUCCCUGUUUUGUCCACGUCUCGUAUGUCCUUGCGUCCCUUCAUUCGCAGAAGUAGAAGAAGCAGAAGGGAAGUGAGUAAGAAACGCAGCAAUACACCGAUAAUUUUGGGCGUGAUUCUUGGCUGUACUCGACUAUAGGAGGGUGUUACAUAGGGGGGUGAUUGAGAGAGAGCUUUAGAGAUAGAAGAAGAAGGAAUAGAGCGAGAUAACCCCAGAGCAAAGAGGAACGGAAGGCAAAAAACUCGUUAUUCUCUGAGGGUUCUCUGCUUCGCUCUGUAACCCACGGUAUUUUUUAUCCUGUUCUGUGAAGAUGAAGGUGAACAAGCUGAAGAGGCAUAGGAAGAGUCUCACAUUUUACAGUUCUUGCUGCGGUUUUCGGAAGCCUUUCAAGGUUUUGUGUGAUGGAAAUUUCGUACAUCACCUUAUUCAGAAUAAGAUAACUCCUGCUGACAAUUCUCUUGCUAAUAUUCUAAACUCUGAUGUCAAGCUCUUCACAACCAGAUGUGUUCUAGAGGAGUUGAAACGACUUGGUCGCUCAUUUGCUGAGUCCCUUGAGGCAGCUCGUCAGCUUAAAAUUGCCAGAUGUGAGCAUGAAAAAUGCGAGCAUGCUGCUAAAUGCAUCAUGGACGUUGUUGGAGAAAAUAAUUCGCAGCACUUCUUUGUUGGUAGUCAAGAUACUGAGCUGCGGAGAAAGCUGCAACAGGUACCUGGUGUGCCUCUUAUAUAUGGUCUCAGAAAUGCUCUUUUCCUCGAGCCUGUAUCUGCAUUCCAGAGAGAAUUUGUUAAAACUUCAGAAGAAGCAAGAUCACAUAUAACUGACAGAGAGUAUAAAAUGCUCACAAAUAGAUUACAAAGUACAUCAAAUGAUGAAGAAGCUGCAAACUCUGCAGAUGAAGAGAAGGAUUUAGGGGAUCAAACUAAAGAUGUAAAGCCAGUGAAAAAGAAUCGCAGUAGUGCGAGGAACCAAAUGGGUGUUAAGGAUAGACCUCAGUUCAAGAGAAAGAAAGCAAAGGGUCCAAACCCAUUAUCUUGCAAGAAGAAAAAGAAUGGUAAUGAAAACCACAAGGCUGGUUCAUUGAAGGAAAAGACAGAAGGAGACAAGAAAAGGAGCAGGAAGAGAAAGAGGACACGGAAGGGACAGCAAAACGCAGCAGUCACAGAUUAGUUAUGAAACGUGAGCAUUUAGAUGUUUAGCAGUCACAGAUUGAUUUCAUAGUGUAACAGUGCUAUCAAGAAAAGGUUGGUGUAGAAAGAGAGAGUCUCAUGCAGUUUUGUUUUGUUUUGGCAUCUUUUUGGCGGGAUAUCUAGUUAGAGGAUUUUAUGUAUUAGUAAUUUUAUUUUUAUUUUAGUUAGAUUUCUUUUAAACUGUCCUGGUCCUUGUUAGUAUUCAGGCCUCCAUGUCAAAUUUCAUGUGCAUGGACAAAAUAACCAAAAAAAAAAAAAUGUUGGAGAAUUACUUUCAUUUGAAUCAUAAUGUUUGAAUUUGAGUGAA